AUGUUCCGGAGACGCGCGCUGCGGCGGCGGCUGGAGGCGGCCGGCGCGCCUUCCUUGUCCGACGACCAGCUGCGGCGGCUCGCGAGGGCGUUGGACGCGGGCGCCGUCGGCGGGGAGUGCGUGCCGGCCGGUCACGCCGCCUCACAACUCCGACUUGCAGUCACCCGCCUCUCCAGGUUCCCCGACCUAAGAGACUCCAGCGAACUUCGCCGCCUUCCCCUGUGCGCUGACCAGCAGUGCUGCAACCCGUACCACUGGAGCCGUCUCUGCAAGCCCGAAACCCCUCCUCCACCUUAUAGUCGAUACGCAAUGGAAGACCUCAAACCUAAAGAGCAUGGCGAGAGUACAGAGGACGCCCGGAGGACGGACCAUGAGCGGCUUGUCUCAGGAUCCCUGGCUACUGACGGUGAAGAACGCCAGAGCUGGGAUUCAGAAUGGUGUCGGCUCGCGUAUUGGGAAUUGACCCAGCGCGUGGGUCGUCAGUUCGGUGUCCGUUUGAGGGCAGUAGACGUGUUCGGUGGGGGCGGAGGGGCCUGUGGGUCUGGGAGACAUGGGCUGUGCUUGGAUGCCUUGGACCAAAGGGUAGAUGGACAGCAGGCUGAUCAGGUGAAGAAAACAAGAGCAAAGAUCGGGUUAGGUGUCACCCUGUCACUGGAAUCGGACGGGGUGUGGCUUUACAACCGCAGCCAGGAGCCAGUGUUCGUCAGCUCACCAGCACUGGACGCUGCUGCAGCCAAGGCCAUGCUAGUGUGGAGGGUGGCUCCAGGCCACUGUCUCUGUAUCUUCGACCCUGCUUGUCCACCCCCAGCGAUCUCCCUACCCCACAUUGGCCCUGUAGACCCAAGGUCGGUGAGGAUCUCGUUCGCAAAAGGUUGGGGACCUAAGUACUCGAGGCGGGAUGUGACGGCGUGUCCAUGUUGGCUGGAGGUAUUGCUUGCACCCCCAAGCUGA